AUGUGUCCGGCCCUCACCUUGUGGCUGCUGGCCGCGGCCUGCAGCGUAGCACCCACACUAGGGGGCGACGACCGUGUUCUGGGUGGCGAGCCGGCGGACAUCUCGCAGUUCCCCUGGCAGGUCUCCGUGGAGUAUGUGGAGGCGCACCGCUGCGGCGCCUCCAUCGUCAGCGCCAACUGGGUGAUGACGGCUGCGUGGUGCAUCUGGGGCACCGAACCAAUUUAUUACGUGCUGCGGGUCGGUACAUCUAUACGCGAGAGUGGCGGCGCCACAUACACGGUGUCCGAUUUGUUCUGGCACGAAGAUUUCGAUUAUGUUUUGACAGAUAGAGACAUUGGUUUCUUCGAGAUCUCUGGCUCCAUCUCGUUUGGCGACAACGUUCAGGCUGUGGCUCUGGCUACUGAGGAGCUCGAGGCCGGCACCACCGUCACGGUGAGCGGCUGGGGUAGCCUUCAACCUGGGGUGGACUACCCGGAGCAGCUGCACGCCGUCAACACGACUAUCAUCGACCGUUCCUCCUGCAACGACACCUACGAAGGAAUAGUCACAGAGAACAUGAUUUGCGCUGCUGGUGAUGAUGAUGAUGAUGAUGAUGAUAGUGGUGGUGGUGAACACAUCACGAAUUAA